AUGGGAGGCGGCUUCAAGCUCUUGGGAGCGCCUAUUGGGGCGAAGGACUACUGCGAGGCGUUCACCCAGCGCCGCGCCGACAAGACGAAGCCCGCCCUGGAGGCGCUCGCCAACCUGCACCCCCAGGUGGGCCUCGCGCUCCUGCGCUACUGCGCGAGCUACGCGAAACUCGUGUACAGCGCCCGCACGGCGCCGUCUGCUCUGCUCUCGGAAGCGUUGCACUGCUUCGACGACGGCCAGCGGCGCGCGCUGUCGAACCUGCUGGCGGCGGACCUGACGGACGCGCAGUGGCGCCAGGCAGCCAGAGGGUUCGCCCACGCGGGGCUCGGUCUGCGGGAGCUGACAGCACACGCGCCCGGCGCUUACUUGGCCAGCCUCGCAGCCACGCGGCACCUGUGCUGCGACCUUGGCCCGGCCUACGCGUGGGCGCCGAACAGCGCGGCUACGCUGGAGGGGCAGGCGCUCCUGGCGUACAACGCCCUGCCGGCGCCGGCGGACGGCCUCGACCCGGCGGCGCUCGACAGGGCCACGCAGAAGCAGCUCUCUGCCGCGGUGGACGAACGCGGGCACCAGACCUUUCUGGCGGGCUUGGGGGCAGCUGACCGCGCUGACAUCAAUUCAGAGAUGCUGCCUGGCGCGUCAGACUUCCUCGAGGCGCAGCCCAGCGAGCAGCUGGGGCUCCUUUUCGAACCCGAGGAAUUCGCGUGCGAGGUCAAGCGCAGGCUCCUCAUGCCCGUGUACGAGACUGAGCACUUCUGCCCAUGCUGCGAGGACGUCUGCGACCGCCACGGCCGGCACGCAGGACUAUGCGCGGGGGCCGGGAUCGCGAACGUGGUCGGCACCUUCGCCACCAGUGCGGGCUUCAACCCGACGCUCGAGCAACCUGGCCUCCUACCGCCCCGCCCAGACGACGUCCAGGUGAAUGGGCGCCGGCCUGCAGAUGUCUACAUUCCCUCCUGGUUCCAGGGGGCGCCUGCUGCCUUCGACUUCGCGGUGUCUUCGCCGCGCAGGCAGGCUGCCCGUGUCCUGACGUUCCAGGAGGUGGGGCGCGCGGCGCAGGAGUACGAGUUGGUGAAGAGGAACCACUUCGACACAGAGCGGCAGUGCCAGCAGCAGGGGAUCGAUCUCUGGAGCGGAGAUCGGUCAAAGCCCGAGAUCACAGACGGCGGGCAUAAGACCGGCCUCUUGAAUCCAGAGGGGUUUCUGGCGGGGCGCAGCAUGCCGGCCAAUGUUGCCCACGUCGAAGAGGUCAUGGCGACGACGGCGCGCACACAAGCUGAGGGCUGUGCGCUCUUCUUCAACUUCGCUGCCGCCUUCCACUCCCUGGAACACGAGACGAUGCUCAGGCGCAUCGCGACCUACCAGGGCGCAAUCGAGGAGGAUGGGAGGCUGUCGGGGCUCAAGCUGAACAUCCACCAAACAAUCUUCGCGCCGCUCUUCCGGUUCGACCGCGACGAGCUCCGCGAGCGGGUGGCGCGAGCAGCCCCGCUUUCGGGCGCCAUCCUCAUGAGCGACAAGCUCCUGCCGCUGGCGCCGACCGUCGCUGCGGAAGAAGAGCGGGAUCGCGUUGCUGUUUUCCACGGCCCGGCGAACUGGGUGACGGUGGGGGCCAUCGAGGACGUGACCUCGCUGCACUUCCCCCGGUAUUUCCCAGACAUGCUAAGCGCUGCGGCGACGGCGCGAGCGCGCGUGGCGCGCUUCGACAGCUCGGCCCACGGCGGUCUGAAAGUCCGGCAACGCGCGAGGGCCCUGCGGAAGAUUUCGCUGCAGCCCGGCAACCGCGCCCGCACGGUUGAGCGCGGGGCGCUCAUCCAGGAUUGCGCCUUCUUCCACGUGCAGGCCGCCUCAGAGGCCUUGUCGCGGGCUGAGGCGCAGAAGCGUGCGCAGGUCAAAAUCAUGGUGGCGUCGGCCAGGGCCAGCCAGUUCUGGGAGGCGGUGUUGGUGGAGUUGGCGCCAAGCUUGUCGUCGGAGGAGACGAUGUUGAUGCUCCUCCUCGCGGACAAAAGCGAGAAUGGGGACGCACUCUACCGCACGUUUGCAGACCGGUGUGGCUUCGACAGUGUUAUGGAGGACACAGCGUUCUAUACUUGCGCGGCUGAGGACAUACAAUUGGCUUCAGCUGUCAAAGAGGCGUGGUGCUGAUUUAUUCGGGUGGUCAACCGACAACACGUAUCAACUGAGCGAUGGUGUAGGAGUCGCGUGCGUAGUUCAAGUGGUUAACACCACGGUUUGCUGAGGUGCCUCUUUUUAGUGCACGAUUCUGCAACCCCCACAUCUCAUCUUGACUUUGUGGCUUGUGUUUGCAAUGAAAGGAUUGUCAUGCACACGCGUUGCACACUAUGGUUUGCAUUCAGCAUUCCCUCGCACAUGCAAAGUGCUGCUCAUACAAUACCGCACCUGCCCUAGUAGGCAGAGGCCCUGGAAUACGAGUGCACUCCUCUAGCUUCGGAUUCAACCGAUGCUCAAACUUAGAGUAGCUGUGAAAUGAUGUCAUAGUUUGCUACAAGCCCAGGGCAUGCGUUAUAUUACCAUCGGUUGACGCAUAUGCAUGUGAAC